AAGACUGUUGCGGAACAACUGUUGCACACACUCAUCACAAGAACAUUUCCCAACUCCUGGACGUUUUGGCGACAUGUUGUUCAGUCCAGCCGGCGUGUCGGAGUGUUUUCGAGAAUGGGGUGACAUAGAGAAGGACUACCAACAAAUUCAAGACACCCAUCGCCUGUACAAACUGAAACUUGAGGAGGUCACCAAACUGCAAGUCAGCUGCUCCACCGCCAUCGAGCGUCAGAGGAAGAAGCUGAAAGAUCUUUCUGCAUCACUAGAAGAAUGCCAAGUCAAACAUCCAGAGCUCAAGUUAAGUCGGCAGGAAGCGCAGUCCAUCGCCGACAUCAAGAUGUCAAUCGAAGAGAGAGACAACGCCUUCUCCGAGAUGGAAGCCUUCCUGCCAAAGAAGAACGGGUUGUACCUCACUCUCGUUUUAGGGAACGUCAACGUCACGCUCCUCAAUAAGCAGUCCAAGUUCGCCUACAAAGACGAAUACGAGAAAUUUAAGCUGGUCCUCACCGUCAUCCUCUUCCUCUUCUCCUUCACCUGUCGCUUUUUGUUCAGCUACAGAGCCUUAGACGCCUUGUUCAACUUCCUGCUGGUGUGGUAUUACUGCACGCUCACCAUCCGCGAGAGCAUCCUCAUCAACAACGGCUCAAGGAUCCGAGGCUGGUGGGUGUUCCAUCACUACGUGUUCACCUUCCUGUCUGGAGUCAUGCUCACGUGGCCCGAGGGGACUUUGUACCAGAUGUUCCGGAACCAGUUCCUCUCGUACUGCUUGUACCAAAGCUUUGUGCAGUUUCUACAGUACUACUAUCAGAGUGGCUGCUUGUACAGAUUACGAGCUCUGGGAGAACGACACAACAUGGACCUCACCGUCGAGGGCUUCCAGUCGUGGAUGUGGCGAGGACUCACCUUCUUGCUGCCUUUCUUGUUCUUUGGUCACUUCUGGCAGCUCUACAACAGCGUCACACUUUUCAAGAUGUUCCAGCUCCCCGAGUGCAAAGAGUGGCAGGUUGUCAUGUGCGGCUGCUCCUACAUGGUGCUCUACCUGGGGAACUUCUUCACUACACUGGGCGUGGUCUACCAGAAGUACAGGCAGAACCGGGACAACAAGCCCAAGUCCUUGUAGGACCCUGUCGGGAUGCAUACCGAGUACCGGUAUUUUUUUUUUUUUGCUACAGGUUCCAGGUGGACAAUGACACGGCUAUCUGUAUUUUUUACCCGGCUGACCGCCAUAAUUAUGACACGCUGUCACAUUCACUUCAGGUGCCGCUGCUGCAGCUUGGAAUAAUCACAAAUAAGGAAGCAACACCACAAAAAAGUUUGUAACAACAAUAUUUCCUCCUCAAAAGUCACUCACAGUCAUGCACGCUAAUAAUACACUCAAAAAAGUGAAACAUUUAAGUAAUAUAAUAAUCCAAAAAGUUGCUUUGAAGCAGUGCUUCUCAAAUAUUUUCUGUUACGCAACCCCUAGUGAAGUGAAGUGAAUUAUAUUUAUAUAGCGCUUUUCUCUAGUGACUUAAAGCACUUUACAUAGUGAAAGCCAAUAUCUAAGUUACAUUUAAAGCAGUGUGGGUGGCACUGGGAGCAGGUGGGUAAAGUGUCUUGCCCAAGGACACAACUGCAGUGACUAGGAUGGCGGAAGCGGGUAUCGAACCUGCAACCCUCAAGUUGCUGGCACGGCCGCUCUACCAACGGAGCUAUACUGCUAUAGAGUCAACCUCCUGCCAUCAUAAAUAACAUAUCAAGUGUACAGGCAAUGUUCUAAGUAAUGUUUUACCAUCUUACAUAUUUCUAUGGACCAGAGGUGUCCAAACUACGGCCCGCUGGCGUCUUCAAGUUGGCCCGUCAGACAUCAUGAGUAUAAUAAGGAAUCUGGUGCUUUACAAAUAAUAUCAAAUAUCUGACAACUUUAACAUGAGAAAUGUAGGUAAAUGCCCAGGAAUUGUGCUUUGAAAUGAAUGCAGCACAGCAUUCACUUAUAUGACCCCAUCCAAACAACCUUCCCUAGUCAUGGCGCAAAGAACAAUACAAAGACAAAAAAGUCAACAUGCAUGGGCACACAUAAAACAACCUGCUCAAUGAACUUUGAGGAUAUUCUAGAACAAAAGUCCACACACCAUUACCAUACCAUACCAUACCAACUUUAUUUAUAAAGCCCUUUAAAGACAAGCACAGUUGAAAAACAACGGGCUGUACACCACAAAAAAAUGGAGGCAAAGGACAGACUAAAAAAUAACAUUUAAAACAGAAAUAAAAAUACACAUUUAAAAAGCAAAUAUAAAUUACCCUAAGAACAGUUUGUUAGAUAAAAACAGUUUAAAAGUUAAAAACAGUUAAAAAAGUUAAAAGCUAAAAACAGUUCAAAGUCUCAUGCUGGGUUAAAAGCCAGUGAAUAAAAAUGGGUUUUAAGAAGGGUCUUAAAAAUAACCAAAGAAGGGGCCUGUCUCACACAAACAAUUCUAAAUUACACCCAUUACAAUGCAUGAUGGGAAAAAUGCAAAAGUAGAAAACGUAGGAGAGAACUUUCACAUCCUCUUAUAAUAUAAAUCAGUGGUUCUUAACCUUGUUGGAGGUACCGAACCCCACCAGUUUCAUAUGCGCAUUCAAAAUGAACCGUGCAUGAACAUCACCUUGUUCAAAGAACAAAACCAACACAGAUCAUGAACUCACAACAAAUUACACACCUGCAAAUCAGUGUGACUUCUGCGGUUGCCAUAUACAUAAUACGCCGAUAGGGAGAAGUUUUUAUUUACACGAUGAGUCGGAUGUGUCUUGACCUCCGCGGUGGAGGCUCCGCAGAACCCUUGAGGCCAAAUCACCGAACCCCUGGGGUUCGAUCGAACCCAGGUUAAGAACCACUGAUAUAAAUACUAUAAUUCGUAUAUAAAAUUGUUAUAAUUGUACCUCUGCACAACACUGUGAGCUUAUUAACAAUAAAAUAAACAACACACCGGU